AGAGUUGCUUCAGUUGUCGCCUGUAUUUCAUAUAUAUUGCAAGCCACGAGGAGCAAACUCCGGAAAGUUGUUGCGUCGUUGCUUUUCCUCUUUCAUCGCGUCUUGCACAACAAGCAGAAUUUAAGGGCGCCCGCGAUUUCUUCACCCUCCACGAGUUUCUGCAGUGAUCGCCAAAGGCUGAGAGCGCUGAUUUUUUUUUUUUUAAGUUUUCUCUUGCUUUCCACCUUAAGGGCGUCCCGGGACUCGACCCAAAGUUGUGCGCGUGGGAGGGGGGGCGGUGGUUGUCAGAACGAAAAACAGCGGCCGCCAGGAAAUGAGUAAGUUAGAAAGUGAUCGUCGUAGUAACGCCAGCUUCGUAGCCGAAGAGGAGCGAGCGUGGAGGAUGCCGAGAGAAACGGGAAGGAGCUCCGACUGAGCCCUUUGUCCGCCUAAACUUAUCCAGCAUGAAAGCCGCGUGAAAAAGUCCGGCGUAGGAAAGGACGCGGGCAAAGAGAUCCGUGUUAACCGUUUAGGGUCAUACAAGAAGUUUGCAGGACGCUUUGCAGGAUUUGUGCUGAUAUCUCUGUGCUCUGCUAUCAUUGAAAGUAGAGAAACAACAAGAUAGAUGGUUCGCUAUCCUUACCUACACAGCAAGACUGGAGCAACCCUAAAAUGUUUGCUAAGGAAAGUUUUUGCCAUGCCAGCAGGAAUCUUCCGGGUGUGCCUGGUGGUUAUCACGGCUAUCGUCAACCAUCCGCUCCUCUUUCCAAAGGAAAAUGUCACUGUUCUGGAAAACACACAGGAAGUCAUCCAGAAGAUGAAAGAGCGGGAGGAGAACCUGAGGCUGGAGCAGCUUAAACUGGAGCAGGAGAUUGCCAUGCAGGAGACCUUAACAGAGCCUUCAGUGAAGGCUGCGGAGACAGAGGAGCAAAACAAUCACAAUCCCCUCUCUUGGAAUUUCUGGACUGCUUUGUCCAUGGUGGUUUUCCUUCUGAUUGAGUUCUGGAGGCAGGACUACAAGGAAGGGACUUGGCAGAAUUAUGCCAAUGAGGAGGAUGAAAUUAGUGUCCUUGGGAAAGCGCUCAAGGGAGUCGUCCUGCCAGACAAUGCCACAUUGGCCAACUUCUAUGAAAAAUGCCUCCAGAUUGUGACCAGUGAUAUUGCCAGAAACCGAGAGCUUGUGGAAGGCUUUGCAGAUGACUUGCUGGAAGCCCUGAGAAGUGUGUGUAACCGAGAUGCAGACAUGGAAGUGGAAGAAUCCAUAGGAGUCGGGAGCAUGUAUGAGAACUGGAGAGCUCACAAGCCCUUAGCUUGUGACUUCAUUGUCCCUUUUACCCCUCCGGAGCCAUAUUGUUUCCAGUUAGAAAGCUGGUGUUCGGAAGAAACCGUCUCCCCAAACAAACAGGGUUAUGGGAUGAUAAAGAUCUUGCAGGCGGAUGAGAACUCAACAGGAUGUAUCUGUGACAAGACUAAGCUCGGGGAAGACCUGCUGUGUCUUCUUCACAGCAAAAUGAACCAAGCUAGGCAGAACCAACAUAUGGAGGACCUCCUUUGUUACAAGGACACUCGAUACCUUGAUUCUGACCAGGUUAUGACGUGGUUCCAGCUUGCGCUUACUAAGGCAUGGAACAAAAUUUCACACAAGUACGAGUUCAACCUCACUUUCAAUCUCCUGGAUGCGCCUGGGGCUCUAAAAAUCAAGUUUCGAUCUGGAAAGACCAUUACUUUCAACCUCACCCCGGUGGUACAAUAUGCUGAUUCUGAUGUAUAUUUCAUCUCCCAUUUCCCAUGCAAUAGCCUGGCAGAGGGCUCCUCUUCCAGCAUUCACUGGCUUCUCACGUUUGCAGUAUAUGAGAAGAGAUACAUCCAGUUUAUUUGCAAAACUCUGCCUGCCAACUCCUGCCACCUCAGCUGCCUCCAGAUUCUGUCCUUCCUUCACGGAAAGCAGUGCAGUCUAACAGGAGCAAGCAGCCUUACAAACUACCACUUGAAAACAGUGAUGCUACAUUUACUACAGACACUUCCUUGUGCAGACUGGGCUUCUACACAGCUGCAAGCCAGGCUGCAAGACAUGCUCAGAUUUUUAGAGAAAAGCUUGCAGGAAAAGAGGCUUUACCACUUUUUUGUUGGGAACAGACACCUUCCAGAGGAACUGGGUAUCCCCAUAGAGUUCCAAAAGGCAGAACCUCUAAACCUUUUCCGCCGCUUUGUAUUGCAACGAGACACUUACAGAAAGACUAUGGACACGUUUCAUGAGAUGCUAAAGAACACAGCAGCUUUAAUAAAUGAAUAUGCCAUGCAUGUUCCCAAUGGACGAGUGACCUCACUACAUAAAGAACCCCUGUAGCCAAAUCUCUGAGAAUUACAAUAUGAACAGAUCUCCCCCAUUGGGAGCAAACUGCUUUAUAUGCUCACAUAACUCCAAAGAUUGGUAGAAUGGAGAUACUUCUCUCAUUUUCUUCCCAAUGUUGUUGGCUGAUAUUUAUGCAGCUUCUAACGUUUAAACUGUAGUGUAUAAAGUUUGUUGUAAAUAGUUUAAGCAAAGGAGGUAUCUAAUUUAUUCCUAUAUCGACAUUACAGACCUUGGGAUUUGGUA